GCACUUCUUUGCUUUGUCAAGGAAAGUUUGAUUUCGAGGAAUAUUUGAACUGAUGAAUUCGGUGACUCAAAUAUGAAGGGUUGAAGUACAGUUAUGAGUGAAUUUUUAGAAUCUUUAUUGUUUGUUUUCUUUUCACAGAGCAUUUCACAAAUAUAUUGCUUAAAGAGACAACUGGAAAUGGAACUUAGUUAUUUUAAAAUUCCUCCAAACACACAAAAAAUAUUUUUUUAAUGACUAAUUCUAUUUCUGCAAAGCAGCCCACAUUCGUCGUCAAAACUAGCCUACAUUUCUUCCCCUUCGCAGUAAAGCGGUACAGUCCUGAAUAAACAUUUGAUUAAUUCACUGCUGAAUAAAAUAGACUGAGCAUUAGUUUUUAUGCCAUUCAAAUAUCAAGAAUAAAACAUAACUGACGGAAUUUAACAUUAAGUAGGCCCUCCCAUUGUAGAAUUCAAGAAAUGCAAGACUUUAAUCUGUUUUAGUGACUAUCUGUGUUAAGUUUAUAGCGCAUAUCAAAUAAUAUUCCUUUGCGUAAAAAAACAUACGGCUUUUCAAUAAAAAAUAUGACUGGAAAACAGAGGCCAUUUAGCAGGGAGCGGACUGAUUUAGUUUUUAUUGCGCUGUCCUUUGACCACGUGGUUAUGUCACCCAAUCAAAUGGCAUGUAACGGUAACUUAUUAGCGGGCUGUUCUCGUGUGCCUGCUGAGGCCAAGCUGACACUUGAUUUCUACAGAUUCUUAUAUUGCGUAGAUGGUAGCCAACUGUGCAUGUGUUUUCGCGUGUCUUCCUGUAGUUUGCCAUGUCGACAUCAGGGACAUUAAGUUAUUAUGUAGAUUCUCUCAUUCUGCCUGAGACCGAGAAUCUUUUAGCACCAAAAUACUCCUCUGAUACGGGGCUUCAACAAGAAAGGCAGCCAGCGCUCACUGAGCAGGGCGACCCAGAACCUUGUCCAUUCCAGUCAAAAUCGACCAUCUUCGGCGCAUCCUGGAAUUCCGUGCCAUCAAUGCCUCCGAGCAGCCUGUCCACUGUGUACCACUCCUACGCGCAGUCUCCGGGUGCAGCAGGAGACGCCGACGGAAUGUAUAUGCGAUCGUGGUUAUUGGAACCCAUUUCUGGAUCCUUGCCUUUAACAGGAUUAUCUACAAAUAGGCAUUAUGGUAUUAAACCCGAGCCAUUGACCAGCAGAGGCGAAUGCACAACGUUCGAUACGCUGCUUCUCUCUGACUUUAAAAACGGAUCGUCGCCUGCAAGUAUGGAUAGAAUCUCCAGCGAUGCCAGUUUCCCCGACGCCAAGGAAGAUACCGCUUCCGCCACGGAAAAAACAAACGCAGAUCCAAAUAACCCUUCGUCCAACUGGCUUCACGCGAGAUCCACGAGAAAAAAGCGCUGUCCGUAUUCUAAGCACCAGACUCUCGAACUGGAGAAAGAGUUUCUGUUUAAUAUGUACCUCACCCGAGACCGUAGAUAUGAAGUGGCAAGACUUCUAAAUCUCACUGAAAGACAAGUUAAAAUUUGGUUUCAGAACCGCAGGAUGAAGAUGAAGAAAGGCAAUAAAGAUCGACCAAAAGAUGAUUGAUAUGAUCAAAUUCCGGAGACAGAACAUAAUCUAUAAAAUGAACUGGAUUAUUCGAAACCUCAUCCAAACAUAAAAGUAGAUUUUAGCAGUAACUGAUUUCAUAUUAUAUUAGCAAUCUGUAAAAAAAAUGUCGAUUAUAGCUACAGUUUCCUCGCCCAAACUUGAAUUGCACAGAUACAUUUGCACCCUAUUAUCAAUUAAUGUGCGUUUCUUCCUGUUGUGUAGUGAAUGUGUAUACUCGUUAUAAACUAUGUACUCGUCUGAUACUAAUUUUAUUGUAGUUUGUGACAGAACGUUUUUUAUAAUGUGUUUUGUUUCAUUUGUAGUUUGUCAAUAUCUCAGUUUGGAAAAAGCACUGGUUUGGAUGUAAUCAAACAAUUUCAAAUUCAUAUGUGUAAGAAAAGGGCAUUGUUUUUAGUGGCCUGUAAUGUGAUGCUAACUUUAAUUUGGGUGCAUGCGCUUGUGCAUUAAUAUAUAAAAUAUAAAAUGGUGAACGUUAGAUGUAAUUACAUUACACUGUAUUUUGUGUUGACUACCUAUAUUUCUCAACUACCUACAUAUAUGAAGAAUGUAAAAAAAAUAACUCGAACAGUUCAUGUGGUAUCUCGACAUAGGGAUUGUGUAUUUUGUAAACUGCAAGGGGAACAUGUUUAACGAGCAUACAUAUAUAUAAUGUGUGAGGACCAUACACUGGAUGAAUACCUCAUUGGCCUAUUGACCAGCUGUGUUAAUUCUUAAAUGUAGCAUCGUUUCUGUUUCACUUUUAAAUAAAUGCAAAACUACAACAAGAAACUCUCCGCCUC